CAGCGGGCAGCGGCUUGUCUUCCACGCCUCGCCCCGCCUGUCCCCCGUCGGCCCCGUCGCGGUCGUCUCCAUUUCUUCUCCCUUCCCUUCCCUGUCCACGUCACAACCGUCAGUCCACAUCCGCUUGCCCGUCCCCAACACUUCGUCAGAUUCGAACUCGGCUUGCCUUAAAAUACUUGGCCACUAGCAGGGGGCCGCGCCCGAGCUCGAGCAGCACAAAGUCGACGCCAUCCCAGUCCUACGACUACGAGGCGCUCCCCUCUCGGAAUUUCCAGCCCGUCGCGUCGCGUUACCUGCGGGGUGCCGCCGUGCCAGGUAUAAGUGGCGGCGGAGGUGGCCACGCCCACGCACUGCAGCCGCCGCCGCAGCUGAAAUCCUCCGGGGAGGAAGGAGGGGUUCGCCGCUCGCGGGGUGUGUAGUUAAUUCAGCAGUUUAUUGAGAUAUUCGACUUGCAUGAGUUGAUUAAAAAGCCCCCUUCCCUGGUUCAUGAUGGAGGCAUCAUCUUGCUUGCGCUACCGCGUUUGUGGUUCUGGUUCGCGGAUGAUAUGGCUAUGCCUUUUUCUAGUACUCAUUCUUCAGAGUUGCAGCCCCGCACUUUCAGACUCACCGUAUUUGGUUGGUAUGGGGAGCUACGACAUAACAGGGCCUGCGGCAGAUGUUAACAUGAUGGGAUAUGCAAAUACCGAGCAGAUCGCAUCAGGAAUUCACUUCAGGCUAAAGGCCCGUGCAUUCAUUGUUGCUGAGCCCAAUGGAAAGCGUGUUGUGUUUGUGAAUCUUGAUGCUUGCAUGGCAUCACAGCUUGUUACUAUAAAGGUGCUUGAAAGGCUCAAAGCAAGGUAUGGAGAUCUUUAUAAUGAGAACAAUGUGGCUAUCAGUGGAAUCCAUACUCAUGCCGGGCCUGGUGGUUAUCUGCAGUAUGUAGUUUAUAUUGUUACGUCUCUUGGGUUUGUUCGCCAAUCAUUUGAUGUAAUUGUCAACGGCAUUGAGCAGUGUAUUGUUGAAGCUCACAACAACCUCCGCCCUGGGAAAAUCUAUGUGAACAAAGGUGACCUCCUUGAUGCUGGUGUGAAUCGCAGCCCAAGUGCAUAUCUGAAUAACCCUCCUGAGGAGAGAAGCAAGUAUCAGUAUACUGUUGACAAAGAAAUGACCCUUAUAAAGUUUGUAGAUGAUGAACUGGGUCCAGUUGGGAGUUUCAAUUGGUUUGCAACUCAUGGAACAUCGAUGAGUCGUACAAAUUCAUUGAUAAGUGGUGAUAACAAAGGAGCAGCUGCACGUUUUAUGGAAGAUUGGGCAGAACAAAAUGGUAUUCCAAAGCAGGGGGCUCAUGUAACUAAUGAUGGUUUAGAAUCUUUGCACAAGAUAUCUGGACUGCCGAGAAGAGUCUCUUCAAUAAUUCCUGAACCAACUGAGAUAACUGAUGACUUAGUUCAAUUGGCAUCAUCCUACGAGGCCUCAGGUGGCAGGCGAUUAUCAGGUUCAAGUAUCACCAGGCGCAUUAGAAGUACUCAACAAAACAAACCUAAAUUUGUUUCGGCAUUCUGUCAGUCAAACUGUGGAGAUGUUAGUCCAAAUGUCCUGGGAACAUUUUGUAUAGACACUGGUCUUCCUUGUGACUUCAAUCAUAGUACGUGCAAUGGGAAGAAUGAACUAUGCUAUGGACGAGGCCCAGGAUAUCCUGAUGAGUUUGAAAGUACCCGUAUCAUUGGCAAUAGGCAAUUUCUCAAGGCUGUAGAUCUUUUUAAUUCAGCUUCUGAAGAAAUACAAGGCAGAAUUGAUUAUAGGCAUACUUACCUAGAUUUCUCGCAACUCGAAGUUAAUGUUCCUACAAGUACAGGAGGACAACAGGUGGUGAAAACAUGUCCUGCAGCCAUGGGGUUUGCCUUUGCUGCUGGAACUACCGAUGGCCCUGGAGCUUUUGACUUUAAGCAAGGAGAUGUCAAGGGAAACCCUUUCUGGAGGUUGGUAAGAAACUUACUUAAGACGCCAGGGAAGGAGCAAGUUGAAUGCCAAGCUCCAAAACCAAUAUUGCUAGACACGGGUGAAAUGAAGGAACCAUACGACUGGGCACCUGCGAUACUUCCAAUUCAGAUCAUAAGAAUCGGACAAAUGGUUAUCCUGUGUGUCCCUGGAGAAUUCACAACGAUGGCUGGCAGGCGGCUACGAGAUGCUGUCAAAGAAGUACUAACAAGUGACAACAGUGGUGAAUUUAAUGAUAUUCAUGUUGUUCUUGCUGGGUUAUCAAAUACCUAUUCUCAAUAUAUCACAACUUUUGAAGAAUAUCAGAUCCAAAGAUAUGAGGGAGCAUCAACGUUGUAUGGCCCUCACACCCUGAGUGCCUACAUCCAGGAGUUUCAGAAACUUGCUACAGCCAUGGUUGCCAACAAAGAGAUCCCAACAAACUUCCAGCCUCCAGACAUGUUGGACAGGCAAAUUGGACUGCUCCCAGGCGUCAUGUUUGAUUCGACCCCCCCUGGUGUGAAGUUUGGAGAUGUCAGCUCAGAUGUUCCUGCAAGCUCAACCUUCAGGAAGGGCAAUAUAGUGAAUGCUACAUUCUAUUCAGCCUGCCCAAGGAAUGACCUUCUCACUGACGGCACCUUUGCACUUGUCGAGAAGCUAGAUGGUAGUGACAAUUGGGUCCCUGCCUAUGACGACGACGACUGGUCGCUGCGUUUCAAGUGGUCAAGGCCUGCGAAGCUAAGUCCAAGGAGUUUCGCGACGCUGGAAUGGACAAUUCCUGAAGAUGCCCCAUCAGGUGUCUACAGAUUGAGGCAUUUCGGUGCCUCUAAGACGUUGCUUGGUUCCAUCAGACAUUUUACAGGGACCUCUCGUGCAUUCGCCGUGCGUUAGUUGGUGCACCGUUGCCUUGGAUAGUACAGCUACCUGAGUUUACACCAGUGAAAAUUUCAUAUUGAAAUACAGGUCGCAGUAUCGAGAGCGUGUUGGUCCAUGGUUUUUUUUACCUGUAUUUGAUGGUAAUAACAUUGUCAGACCAUGUCGAACCUGUAUCUUGUAUGCAAUCCCGUGGGAACGUGUAGCUUGUACAUAACUACAAACUCGAUAUAUAUAUGUCAAAUUUGUGCAAUCUCGUGACAAAA